AUGGUUCCUCUGCAGCUGCAGUUGUGGUUUUUGUCAUUUGAGCACUCUCAAAGGUCGGUUUUGCCUGGUGAGUUUGGCUUCUGGUACGUGUCCACAGGCGCGCACUUUGAUGACCAUGCGGUACAGAAUAAAACCCUGAGCGACUCGCAAGACCCAAUCCUUUCACUGCAAGGGGUUCCCUAUGCGAUUCGACAAGUUGCCAAGAUCGCUAGAAUGGAACUUGAUAUUGCAGUUACGCCAUUGACCAUGGGGUUCAUCGGAAACUGUCAGCCUGCGAAUCUGCGAAUAAGCAUGACUUCGAGCUUAACGGAUCUUGGUUUCAUCGGUACCGCCCCAUUGAGAGCCGUUGGGAUACCUACAAAGAAGACCGAGGUCAGGACUCUUGAUGGAUCUGAGUUCACUCAGGAAGAGCCAGUAGUUGGGAGGUUCCUGGGCAAGAUGUGGAUUUGUUCCAUAGUUCAACUGGAGAGUGAAGAUGUUGACGAAUAUUUGAAGGAAGGCUGGGAUGGUGACAAGGACGAUAACUCUGUCAUCCGCUGGUCCGUCAAAAGUUUGAAGCUUGAGAAUCAAGAGCCUUGGUUUAGUGAGCAGGCAUGGGGAAUCCAAGGAAUGCGUUAUACAGGCCGGGUUAAGAUGUCAAAUGGUGCAGGUGCGGCUGCUUAUGCUAAGCUUGUCUACGACUACCAAUGGUAG